AGAUUGGUGGAAGAGGGGGCGCCGGAAGGGUGGCGGAAGGUGUUGUGGGCCAAUAUCGCGAGCAGUGCGCCAAACUGGUUGCUUGGAUAUGUCCGCUGUAUUUAUCGGGUCGUCGAGUUUGCGCUUGGGAUUGAUGGGCACCCGUUUGCGCACGAGUGGUUAUUCUAUGUGUUUGAGCAGCUGCCGAUGUUGCUGGCCAUCUCAGUCUUUUGCGUCUAUCAUUCGGCAAAGUACUUAGGGAGGAAGGGGGGGUUGCAGAAGCAGUUGAGCAAGAAGUUGAAGUUGGCUUGCUGCCAGGUUAGCAAACAAUAA